UAUCUUUGCGUCUGAAUAAGUUAAUCAUUCAAGUGAGGUGUUGCAAUUUCUAGAUUAUUCACUGAGAACUUAAAACUCAAUCAUGAAAAACUUAAUAUUUCCUCGAAAAUUUGAUCAAGAAAUGAUAAUUGAAUGGAAAUUUUGGAUAUGUACGAGCGUGGUUGUAAUGUUGAUUUAUAAAAUAUUUCAUAGCAAAUAUUUUCGUCACGUAAUGAUAGCAUUAAGAACUCCAGGUCCGAAAGCAUAUCCAAUAAUUGGAAAUUGUUCUAUGGCACGGGAAAGUCAACUUACAAUUGCUCGCUUGACUUCGGCUUACAAACUUUAUGGACCGAUUGGACGGAUGUGGUUCAGCUUUUUACCAGUUUUCAUUGUGUUUAAGCCGGAAUAUCUUCAACUUAUCCUCGGAUCCAACAACCACAAUGAAAAAUCUUUUUACUACAAACUUUUGCAUAAUUUCAUUGGUGACGGAUUGAUAACAAGUUCAGGAGAGAAAUGGAGAAAACAUCGGAAAUUUCUUAAUCCAAUAUUUAAUAUUAACAUCAUUGAAAAAUUUAUCGAAAUAUUUGGCGACAGUGCUCAAAAUUUGAUUAAGAAAAUUAAAGACGAAGAUGAAACAAACGUCACAACUUUAAUCAAUGAUGGAGUGUUGGACAUUUUGCACGAGUCAGUUUUUGGUAUUCCUGCAGAUUUAAAUAAGGACAACUCACCUUUCCGACAGGGAAAGCUUGUCGCAUCUCAUCGUGUGGCAAAUCCAUGGCUUCUCUUCAACUCGAUCUACUCCAUGACUUCAAAUGCUUCUGAUGAAGUUAAACAAAAGAAACGAUUGGAUGACUUCGCUCGAGAUAUGAUUCAAGUGAGACGAGAAAUGAUGAAAGAUGACGACAUAAAAACGAGGAAGCCACUUGUUGAUUACAUGUUGGAAAUUUCAAAAAAUAAUUCAAACUUUAAUGAACAAGACGUCGUUGAUGAAGCAGUCACAUUUAUGCUUGCUGGACAAGAUUCGGUUGGUGCGUCUCUUGCUUUCUCCAUCGCACUUCUUACUAAACAUCAAGACCAUCAAUCAAAAUGUUACGAGGAGUUGAAUGAAAUAUUUGGUGAUGAUGACAGAUUACCAACAAUGAAUGAUUUGAGAAACAUGAAACAUCUCGAAAUGUGCAUAAAAGAAGCACUUCGACUUUACCCUGCUGUUCCAUUAUUUGCUCGAUGUCUGGGAGCGGAUAUUAAAUGUGGAGAAACAAUUUUACCUGCGGGUUGCAAUGUUUUCAUUUUCCCUUAUGCGAUUCAUCGACUCGAAAGCAUUUAUCCAGAACCAGAGAAGUUUAUUCCUGAGAGAUUUUCACCCGAACAAUGUCAAGAUAGGAAUCCCUACGCUUAUCUUCCAUUCUCUGCAGGCUCUCGAAAUUGCAUUGGUCAUCGGUUUGCACUCAUUGAAAUGAAAGUCGUGAUAUCAUCGAUUCUAAGGAACUUCAAAUUAUUGCCAGUACCUGGAAAGACUUCAAUCGAGCCCGUAUUUAGAAUUACUUUGAGAGCUCAUGGUGGGGUUUGGGUCCGGUUUGAACCUCGGAAUAAUAAUGUCGAAUAAUGUAAAACAUUUGGGAAAUGAUUGAUAAUUUUAUUAUCUUUAUGGGUAUUCAUGUUGCCAGUGCUUUUGUGGAAAUAAACAAACUGAAAACACUUUGUAGAAAGCAUAAAAUUUGCUAUCACUUACAAUAACUUAAUCAUUAAAUUAAACGAAAUAAAAUAUUUUCUGUAAAGAUUUUUUCCCAAGCAUUGCGAUAAUUGUGAUUAAAAUGGAAAAUCAUAUCAAAAGAUUUCACGACCCCAC